AUGAAGUUUGAGCAAAGGGAAUCGCGCUCAGUCUCCAAUGGAUACCUGGACACUGCGACAACCCAGGGAAAGACGCAGCAGAUCGGCUGGCCAAGGACGCGGCAAGCCCGGGCAAAAAACGCCCCUUCAGCCCGUUGCCGACAAGGAAGAGGGCGCUUUUCCGAGACACCAUCCACGCCCAGUGGGAGCGGGAAUGGAAAACAUCUACCAAAGGCGGUCACCUGCGAAAAAUUAAUAGCACCCUACCGGUCAGGGGCCGAGCGUACCUACUGGCACAGCUACGCACGGGCUAUAAUUGGUGAUCCACCAAUGCCAGGAUCGUCGGCUUCCGCGACGAUGAUCAGUGCGUGUGCGGCGCAUAAGAAACAGCUACCCAUGUGUUGGUAA